CGGCAGGCUAGUUGGCGCUCGGAGUGGGGGGCGUUUAUUGCGACGGUAGCGGGACCAGUCGGGUCCAGCGGGGACUGCAGCAGGCAUGGGAGGGGCGGCAGAGAAGGGGUUAACCCUGCUGGGGCGGGGCACGGGCCCCGCAGUACCCCACUAGCGCGCCUUGCCCCUCGGCACGAGUCACCCCGCCCGGCGGGCUCCCUCCCAGCCCGCCAGUCACCAUAGAGACCGCACGCGAUGGGCAGCCGGCUGAGCCGGGCCCCGCGGCGCUAGCCCUGACCGCAGCUGAGGGGCCGCAGGCGUUAACCCGGCCCCCCGCCGUCUGACUCCCAGUCGGGGAGGAGCCGCCGCCGCCGCCGGCUCGGCCGCGUUCCAGCUCAGCUGGUGAAAAAGAACAUCUCCGCUUGGACCAGGACUCUUCUAUUAUCCUCAGGUUAAAUGGAAUCUACCUCUGGGAGCUGGAUGAUCUGUACUGACAGAGACUCAUCAUAGCAGCUCCACCACAUCUGGAGAUUGCAAUGAGUGGGGGAGGGGAGCAGCCAGACAUCCUCAGUGUGGGAAUCUUGGUCAAAGAAAGAUGGAAAGUGAAAUUUUAAUUCUGCUCGACUCAGCUUUCUGCAAGGGGAUGACACCACCACACAAAUUUAACUCUGUAUUGUUGAGGAAGAUAGGAGGUGGGGGGUUUGGAGAAAUUUAUGAUGCUCUGGACUUGCUCACCCGGGAAAAUGUUGCACUAAAGGUCGAGUCAGCUCAGCAACCAAAGCAAGUCCUGAAAAUGGAAGUGGCUGUGUUGAAGAAACUGCAAGGAAAAGACCAUGUCUGUAGAUUCAUUGGCUGUGGAAGGAAUGACAGAUUUAACUAUGUGGUCAUGCAGCUGCAGGGUCGGAAUUUGGCAGAUCUGCGUCGGAGCCAGUCUCGAGGGACCUUCACCAUGAGUACCACCCUGCGCCUGGGAAAGCAGAUUCUUGAGUCCAUUGAGAGCAUUCACUCUGUGGGAUUCCUGCACAGAGACAUUAAACCAUCAAACUUUGCUAUGGGACGUUUCCCUAGCACGUGUAGGAAGUGUUACAUGCUGGAUUUUGGCUUGGCACGACAGUUUACGAACUCAUGUGGGGAUGUCAGACCGCCACGAGCUGUUGCGGGUUUUCGAGGAACAGUACGAUAUGCAUCAAUCAAUGCGCACAGAAACAGAGAAAUGGGAAGGCAUGAUGACCUCUGGUCCCUGUUUUACAUGUUAGUAGAGUUUGUGGUUGGACAGCUGCCUUGGAGAAAAAUAAAAGACAAGGAGCAAGUGGGCUCCAUAAAAGAGAGGUAUGACCACAAGCUCAUGUUGAAACAUCUCCCCCAAGAAUUCAACAUCUUUCUAGAUCACAUCUCCAAUUUAGAUUACUGUACAAAACCUGAUUACCAGCUUCUCAUGUCUGUGUUUGACAACAGUAUGAAAACUUCUGGAGUCAUUGAAAGCGACCCUUUUGAUUGGGAGAAGAGUGGAACUGAUGGCUCUCUGACGACGACGACGACAUCAACAACUCCUCAGUUACAUACUCGCCUGACUCCAGCUGCAAUUGGAAUAGCCAAUGCCACACCUAUCCCAGGAGAUUUGCUGCGAGAGAACACGGAUGAGGUGUUUCCAGAUGAGCAGCUCAGUGAUGGGGAGAAUGGUAUUCUUGUUGGAGUCUCACCAGAGAAACUGCCUGGAUCCCCUGGGCAUCAACGUCCUCAGGAAAAAGAUGUCUGGGAGGAGAUGGAUGCCAACAGAAACAAAAUAAAGCUGGGGAUCUGUAAGGCUUCUACAGAGGAGGAAAACAGCCAUGGACCAGUGAACGGACUGCUUAAUGCACCAAGCCUUGGUUCUCCAGUUCGAGUCCGCUCAGAGACCACCCAGCCAGACAGGGAUGUCCCACUGAUGAGAAAGUUACGUUCAAUCCACAGCUUUGAACUGGAGAAACGCCUGACCUUGGAGUCAAAGCCAGACACUGAUAAAUUUCUUGAGACCUGCUUGCAGAAGAUGCAGAAAGAUUCAAAUGCUGGGAAAGAAACUGCUGUUGCUGCUGCUCCUCUUCCUCAGAAAAUGUCUGUUCCUGCUGUGGCUGCCCGCGCUGACCGUGUCUGGCAUUAUGAUGAAGAAUAUCUUCCUGAUGCUUCUAAGCCUGCUUCAGCCAGUUCUCCAGAACAAGUUGAUGGCAUUGUUAGUAAUGGCUUUGUGGCUGUCAACUUAAGCUCCUGCCAGCAGGAGGUUGAUUCCAAGGAAUGGGUGAUAGUAGAUAAGGAACGGGAUUUGCAGGAUUUCAGGACCAAUGGGGCUUUAGUACAUAAAACAACUGGAAGUCCCUCAGAUGAGGAGCCUGAGGUGCUACAAGUCCUAGAGGAAUCCCCCCAAGAGGAACAGCUAAGACUGAGUACUUGGGCAGAAAAUAACGUCCAUGCCAAGAAUGAAGCCUUAGGUGUGGGAUUAGAUCUACCUGUUGAUCAUGCUACUGCUGCUUCUGAACAAUUUUCAGAUAAAUUAGAAUUUAUGGCUGGAGUUGCUGGCCAGCUUCUUGCAGCCACACCUUCAAGUCCAAUGGAGGCCCAAGCAGAAGGAGCCCUCACUCUGCUCAACUCAUCUCACAUGCUGCAUUUCUCCACUCCGAGAAUUUCAAGUCCCAUCCUCCGCACCCUGAGCCCUAUUGCCCAUCUAUCCUCCCACUCGGACCCUAAGAAAGAGGCUGGGUUACCCAGGAGUCAAUCAGCAGAGAGCCAUUCCUCCUCUUCCCGCUCAACUGGCCGUAGGCAACUUCCUGUCAUUCCCAGUGGCAACAAGUUUCCCCCUGUCAUUCGCAUCUCAAAAUCACAACUCCAACAGAUAACAGUACCCAGACCAUCAGUGGCAUCCACCCAAUCUGUCUCUGAGAGCUUUCAUUAUGGCCACCAGCUAGAGAAGAGGGACAGAAACACCCAUCCUAUGGAACACACUGUGGAAUUUUCCUCUCCCAAGGAGGAUUUGCCUGGAUUGGUAGUGACAGAGGGUGCACUUCCCACUAGUACCAGCAGAACAGAUCUGGUACUUCAAUUAAAUCAUAUCAACCAUGAGGUGCUUGAGAGGGAAUGGCACGUCAAAGAAUGUGUCAGACUCGCAGACUGUGGCCAAAAGGACCUACUUGAACAAUGUAGCAGUAGGGAGGAAGAAAAAGAACCUGGAAAUCUCGUUGUAGAAACUGAAGAAGGAAGGCUUCCAGUGGUUUCUGAGGAUGCCAUAAAAAUGUCUCACAAAGGGCAGAGUUCUUCUCCACCAGGGAGCUCAAAAUUUGUGGAAGGGAAACCUCCAGCUGCUAUUGAAUCUGCUUAUGAAUCACAGCCAAGGACUUCCUGCUUGGUGCCAAAUUCAGAUGCAAACUAUGAGGUACUGAAGUCAGCAGCAGCUGAGACAUCAGAGGUUUCACCAUCAAGAGUCAUAGACCUAUUUGCUGAUAGACAGGAAAGUCAAAUAGUAAUAAUGCAGGAAAAUGGUUUCCAUGAUAAUGAAGAAAUUGAUCAUAGUGAAGACUUGGAAUGCCACCAGAUGGACCUUACUACAUUUUUUCACCAGGAGGGCAAAAGAGAGAAAAAUACCCCCAGAAAUGGAGAGCUGUUCCAUUGUGUUUCUGAGAACGAGAGUUCUCAUCAAUCUAAGAAAGACUUGGUUAGGUUACCCUUUGUAGUCAGACAAAGUCGCAUACCAGUUUUAGCACAAGAAAUAGACUUGACAUCAGAGUCCACUUCUCCUGUUUCAGCAAAGGAAAAGCUUCUCCUAAAGAAGGCCCAUCAGACAGAUUUGGUCAGGCUACUUGUGGAAAAGAGACAGCUCAAGACUUUCCUUGGUGACCUCUCAAGUGCCUCUGACAAGUCACUGGAGGAAAAAGUGGCAGCUGCUCCUGUACCGUUUUCAGAGGAUGACGUCUUAUCCUCCUUUUCCAGAGUGACACUGGACUCUCAUUUGGGCAAACAAUCUGAGGAUGGCUCUUUGUCACCAAGUAGCUCUCAGUCCAGAAAGAGCAAGAUUCCAAGGCUAGUAUCCUGGGCUACCACUGAUCAAGUCACCAGUUCAACCUCAGCUCAAUUCUUUCCUCGUCCACCCCCAGGAAAACCACCAACUAGGCCUGGGGUAGAAGCCAGAUUACGCAGGUACAGAGUUCUAGGGAGCAGCAACUCAGACUCAGACCUUAUCUCUCGUCUGGCUCAAAUCCUUCAGAAUGGAUCUCAAAAGCCAAGGAGCUCCACCCAGUGCAAGAGUCCAGGAUCACCACAUAGCCCAAAAACGCCACCCAAAAGCCCUGUCAUCCCUCGACGCAGCCCCAGUGCCUCCCCUAGGAGCUCUUCCUUACCCCGUACAGCCAGUUCUUCACCAUCCCGGGCUGGACGGCCCCACCAUGACCAGAAGAGUUCAUCCCCACACCUUGGGAGGAGUAAAUCGCCUCCUAGCCAUUCAGGCUCCUCAUCCUCUAGGAGGUCCUGCCAACAAGAGCACUUCUGCAGCAAACCAAGCAAGAAUGGUCUAAAAGGAUCCAACAGCUCCUGCCACCACUCCCCAAAUACUAAAACCCCCACAGGAAAGAGCAAAUCGGCUAGUAAACUUAGCAGAUAGGAACUGAGCCUUGACAGGUGUAAAAGCCUUCUUGUAAUUUGA